AUGGAGUCAACGGAAAGGAAUAGUCGAGGUCGAUCAGCUGAGCUAGAUGGACGACGGAUCAACGCCGUGUCUCCCAUGCACUUGGGAGAAUCGAAAAUGUUGCAAAGUCUCUGGAAGGAGCAUCAACAGCAACAACAAGAACAACAACUACAGCAACAGGCCUCUUCUACCCCUGCCUCGGCAGAUAAUCGAGGUCACAUGAAAGGGGAUGAUGGUGAUCGGAAGCUACAACUGAUGUUAGAGAAAUAUCAAAGUCAGGUGAAAUUGCAACAACAGCGAGCACCAUCUGCAUCACAGGCCAAGACUCCAUCGAGGAACAAUAUAAACAAAAUUGAAAGCCACGGCGUUGCAUCUGUAUCCAUAGCUCCAUCGCCCGGUCGUUCACAUCCGAUGAGCCAUUCACAGCCAUGCCUUAUCGCCAUAUCUGAUAAACCACCUGAUUAUUCGGCUAGUCAUGUUCACCAAUCCGUUAAUCAAUUCCCCAAUCGGGUAUCGUCAGGAUUCGGGUCCUGUGAGCAACAUGAGGGGCAGUCCAAUGGAAAUGGUAUACAAAGGGUGCCGAAUAAUCAAAAGUUAAUACAAUCAUUACGGGAAGAAAAUCUCCACUUGAAACGUGAAAUUGAAGCCAAUAAAAAGAAGCUCGUCAAACUCCAACAGAUGGAGGCUGCUUAUGAACGAAUAGAAAAGGAUUACGAAAAUCUCUUGAGAGAGAAAGAACGACAAGAAGGUGUAGAAAAGUCAGCAUUAGUCCAGAUGGAAAUGCAUCUGAAAAGGGUGAUCUCCGAGAAGGAAGCGCUACAAGAUCGAUUGGAGCAGUUUUCUCUGCCAAACGCUCAGGCAAUGGAGAAAGUGAAUCAGUUAAAUAUGCUUUUAGCAGAAAUAAUCCCUCAAAAUAAGGAAUUAGUCACGGUGAAGGAACGUCAACGUUUGGAACUGGAAGCUCAAAAUGCUACACUUGAAGAACAACGAACACAUAUUUCAAUGCUUGAGAAGGCUUUAAGUAAUGCACAAGAACGUCUAGCUAAACGUGAAAAGGUAUGUGAUGAGUUGACGGUAGCUGCUGAAAGAGCAAACCAUCUUCAACGUCUUCUUCAUGAGACAUUACUGGACAAACAAGCCCGUGACGAAACCCAUGCACAGGAACGAACACAAUGGGAAAUGGAUAUGACUCAACUGAAAAUGCAACUGAACAAAGAUUUCUCCCAAAAUGGAAGCCUCAAGCGGCUCAGUCGAUUAGGUGGCGAUUCGAACGACGAGACUAUAAACAGGUUGAAGAAAUCCAUGUAUGCGAAAGACGAACGUAUAACACAGCUGGAACGGACCGUUGUUGAAUUACAAAGGAGAUUACAAGAGGAAUCGGAUCGUAAAAAGACAGCUUUGGGAACGCUUAAUGAAAAUUUAGAAUCAAAAAUUAAGCAAUACGAGGAGGACCAGGCUGCCAAGGACCGUCGUAUCACGCUGUUGAAUGAUGAGAGAGUGAAUUUCGGUGAAAUACUGGAAAAUACGAAGAAAGAACGAGAUGAAGAAGCUGCUGCCCUCGGUAUGCACAAAAUGGAGGAGAUACGACAGAAAAUUCAAGAACGAAAACGAAAAGGCCGAAUGUGUGCUGCUGGAGGGACAUCAUCUGGUCCAUACGAGCAGACGAUAUUGGACUCGGCAGCAUUAUUGUCUGAGAUCUCGUCACCGUACGCUAAUCGGUCAUCAGUCUCAACUGGAUAUCAUAAUUUAUUCAACGGUGAAAAACGGGAAACUGCCGACGGCGACAGUGUAUGGAAUGUCUAG